AUGCCAGUCAGUAAAAAUUCUGUCGAGGAUGCCGCCAAUGUGGUUCACCGUUCAGACUCCUCCCAGGGGCCACAGAGCAGAGCGAAAGCCGCCGAACGCAUACUGGCCGAGCUACGCGACAAAUUGCCCGCCUAUAUGAUUCCCAGUGUGAUCGUAGUGCUGGACCAAAUGCCACUGAACAGACAUGGCAAGAUUGAUCGUCAUAGACUCUGUGAUGAGAAAGUCGACAGACAAAUGACAUGCAGGGACACAAAGAGGCAGCCGUCAACACAAGCACAACUGAUUUUGCAACGAACAUGGAGCCAGGUACUUCAUCUCCAGGUUGCCGCCAUUGGGCUGGAGGACAAUUUCUUUGAGCUCGGUGGAGACUCCCUCAGCGCGAUGCAAAUUGUGUGUAACGUCGGCAAGAUGGGAUUCAGCCUGACGGUGGACGAUAUUUUCCGCAACCCAUUGCUACAGCAUCUAGCUAGCUGCUGUAAAGCAAAGUCACUCGACUGCGAGUUGGACACCAUUCCACCCUUUUCCCUCUUGGGCAAUGACGUUCACGUUCCGUCCCUGCUCGAGGAAGUGUCAGCGCAAUGCAGCUCCCAUCCUAGCGCUAUUCAAGACAUCUAUCCGUGCACAAUGCUUCAGGAAGGCCUUUUAUCGCUAACAUYCAAACGACCCGAGGAUUACAUCUUACAGUACACGCYGGAAUUAUCUGCCGACAUCUGUCUCUUCAAGCUCCAAAAGGCAUGGGAAGUGACAGUCCAAGCCACGGACAUUUUACGGACAAGGGUUGUGCACCACGCUCGUCUCGGCUUUGUGCAGGUUGUCUUGGACGAAGCAAUCCAAUGGGUUGACGUCUCCACUGGCUUGAACGAGCAUCUCCGCUUGGACAGGACACGACCGAUGGAAAUUGGCCAGCCACUGACCAGGUUUGCUCUCGUCAAGGAUGACGGCGGAGUUCCGAGGUGGUUGGUGUGGACAAUCCAUCAUGCGCUGUAUGAUGGAUGGUCACUCCCUCUCAUCUUGAAAUCGGUCGAGCAAGCAUAUUGUGGCGAGGGACUUCCGCCUCGGCAACAGUUCAAAGCUUUCAUCAAAUAUGUCAGAGAACAAGACGAUGAAGCGGUCAUGGAAUAUUGGCGACGUUCCUUGAGCGGUUGCUCGGAAAGCUCAAUGUUUCCGACUCUCCGCGCCGACAUGGAGCAGCCAGUGACGGACAGUGUCCUGGAGCGGCGGAUCCCCCGAUCGCGGAAAUGGACGUCCCAGUGUCUCGGAGUCACCAUGUCGAACAUGAUCCGAGCCGCAUGGGCAUUGGUAACCAGCAGCAUGACCGACUCGAGCGACGUCGUGUUCGGCUGCGUUGUGUCGGGCAGGACUGCGCCUGUUGACCGCAUCGACGACAUAAUCGCACCGACAAUCGCAACAGUCCCGAUCAGUAUCAAGUUGCCCAAGGGCCAGACCACCGUUUGGGAAUAUCUGCAACAAGUGCAGAAGCAAUCGAUGGAAAUGAUGCCUUUCGAGCAGGCUGGGUUGCAGCGUAUCGCUCGGAUCAAUUCUGAUGGGCGUCGGGCCUGCAUGUUCCAGACCUUGCUAGUGAUCCAGCCGGAGAAAAGGGAAGAGGAAGAGGACUCCGAGCAGCGGCAUUCGGUCGGGAGGUGGAAAGACUCCCAAAAGGAGUUUGGGGGCACGUAUAUCUUGGAGAUUGAGGUGCAGAUCGAAGCACACAGUAUUGUCGUGUCAACUCACUUUGACAGCGAGUUGCUCGAGCAGUGGACUGUUUCGAAGCUGAUGGAGCGGCUCGGGGCCGUGCUACACCAACUGGAAGACGCGAAGCCCCAUCAGCUGUUGACAGAAGUCAGCUUGGUCACGCAAGGUGAUCUGACUGAGAUAUGGGCAAGAAACGGCGCUGUGCCAACUGCGGUUGAGUGCUGUAUUGAUGAAUUGGUCGAGGAGCGGACACGGAGUCAACCCGGGGCUAUAGCCGCCUGCGCUUGGGACGGGCAGCUGACGUACGGCGAACUAGACCGGCUGGCAGCCAGGCUCGCCACUCAUCUCAGCAGCUUCGAUGGUAUCGGCAUGUUCAUCCCAUUAUGCUUCGAGAAGUCGAUGUGGACAACGGUGGCAAUCCUUGGUGUCAUCAAACUGGGCAAGGCUUUUGUUUUGUUGGACCCGUCCCUUCCCCGACAACGGCUCCAAGCAAUAUGCAAACAAAUCCAGGCGAGCAUGAUCCUCUCGUCAAGCUCUUGCAAGGCACUUGGCUCGAGACUGGCACCACAAGUGGUUGCUGUCAGUCCUGCAUUCUUCAAAGAUGAAUGCAGCGAUGCUGAACGCAAUACAAUGACCGCAAACGUCAGAAGCCCGCAGGCCAUUCUCUACGUGACUUUUACGUCUGGUACGACGGGCGUGCCGAAAGGGGUGGUGAUAAGUCACCAAAAUGUCGCCUCGGCCAUUCGUUACCAGUUGGAACACUUUGGUUUCACGCCAAAGUCAAGAGUAUAUGACUUCUCGUCGUAUAGCUUCGAUGCAUCCAUUUACACCACUCUGAUAACACUUGCUGCGGGCGGCUGUUUAUGUGUCCCAAGUGAAUCGGAUCGGAAGGAGAACUUGAGACAGAGUAUCGUCUCCUUGCACGCCAACGUAAUUGAUCUUACGCCUUCUGUUGCCCAGCUGCUCCUUCCGGAGGAUGUUCCCGACGUGCAGACAGUAAUCCUGUCUGGUGAAGCUAUACCAGUCCAAGCUAUUAAACCUUGGUGGGACAAGGUUCGACGAGUUAUUAAUGUCUAUGGUCCAUCCGAAUGUACCGCGACGAGUACGAUGAACAAAAAUGCGUCGUGUCCAGAACAGGCCACUCGGAUAGGGAUCGGUAUCGGGCUAGUAACCUGGAUUGUAGAUCCUAGCAAUUAUAAUCUUUUGACUCCGACAGGAUGCGUAGGCGAGCUGCUACUUGAAGGACCGCUCGUUGGCUUAGGCUACCUGGACGACCCGAAGAGGACCGCUACAGCCUUUAUCGAGGACCCAUCUUGGUUGCUUCGAGGCGGACCGGGAGGUGCACCAGGUCGCCGUGGGCGACUUUAUCGGACAGGCGACCUUGUUCGGUACAGCAACGAAGACGGCAACCUCAGCUUUGUUGGGAGAAAAGACACACAGGUGAAGAUCCGCGGUCAACGAGUAGAGCUUGGUGAGGUUGAGCACCGCCUGAGAGAAUACUUUCCAGAAGCGACCGGUGUUGUCGCGGAACUCAUCAAUCUGAAUAGCAAGAGUGGCGGGCUCGCACUGGCAGCAUUUGUUCAUGAAGACAGCAAGGGCGACAGUACUGCACAGGGCAACCCAGAAGGUACUUUGCAAGCCAAAGAGUUCCUCCUCCCUGACUCGGUCCGAGAUAUGAUGGCUUUUUCCCUGCCGACUUACAUGAUCCCAACCCUUUUCUUCACCAUGAGAACACUGCCUCUGACGGUUGCCGGUAAGACAGACCGCAAGCGAUUACGUGAAAUCGGCGCGGCACUCGCCGCUCAAGAGGGUCGGGAGACGGGAAUAAGUAACGGGACUAGUGGCGACACCACGCUCGCUGGCAACAGCAAUGGAUGUAUUUUGGAGACUGAACAGCCAGCCCAUGCAUUGGCCAAAUGGGUUUUCUCGGCGAAGGGGCAGUAUUCAGGUCGGGAAGACUUGCGGGCCGACCUCACAACCGCGAGCUUCCCCGAUGCCCUUUUGCAUUCAUGCAGCCUUGACUCGAUCAACAUGAUGUCCUUGGUGUACUUUAUCCAACAGCAGUUCCAAGUCAAGGUAGGUAUCCCACUAUUGAUGGAUAGGACCACGAGCAUACGGCGUUUGGCUAGAGCGAUAUGCGAUUUACGGGCUACCGCUACGUCAGUCGAACAGCCUGAAGCGCUAUGCAGACCUAUGAUAGCCCCGGUUGACCUCCUUGCCGAGAUAGAUGGCCAUUCCUCCAGGAUCGUGGCUGAGCAACAAGCAGCGACUCUCCAGGCAGAGUCGUCCUCCAGUGUGCGCGAAAGUGACGAUGAGCGAGAGCACAACUCGGAUAAGCUGGUGUCUGUCUUUCUGACGGGCGGCAACGGUUUCCUCGGCACACAAAUCUUACGCCAGCUCAUCGAGGACAGUCGUGUGGCUAGGGUCAUUGCCCUCGUGCGCGGCAAGACGGAUGAGGAAGCCAGUAGACGCACCAUUGAUGCUGCAGUGAAAGCUCUUUGGUGGACCGGGUCGCACCAGUCGAAGCUUUGCGUCUGGGCAGGCGACCUCGGAAUGCCGCAGCUUGGACUCGACUCAUCUCGUUGGACAGCGCUUUUCGACGGUGCUACAGUUGAUGUGGUGAUUCAUUGCGGCGCAACAGUGCAUUGGGGGAUGAGCUACCAGGCCUUGGAAGCUGUCAAUGUCAGUUCCACGAUGGAGCUGCUCCGUCUCGCCAUUGCCGUGCCCGGUAUGGCUUUUGUCUACGUAACCGGCGGCCGAGAAGCCACAGGGGAUGAGGAGCAGGAGCAGGAGCAGGAUGUGGUGGAAGAGUUGUCUACCUCGGAUGCUCUGGGCUACAGCCAGACAAAGUUUGUGGCCGAGGCUGUGGUCAAAAGGGCGGCGGCUCUGUCUAGCUCGUGGAUGAACACUCGGCGCAUCUCAGUAGUAAGUCCCGGAUGCGUGAUUGGGACGCCAGCAGAAGGCGUUGCGAAUGCCGAUGACUACAUAUGGCGGCUCGUGGCAGCUAGCAUCAGCAUUGGCAUGUACAACGCCGAUGAGGCCGACACAUGGAUUCCCCUAACGGAUGCCGCAACCACGGCGCGGAUCAUCAUUCGAAAUGCGCUGUCGCUCCAUUCACAGCCAAUCGUGACGCAGGCCGCCGAUGGGAUGCUAUGGAGCCGUUUCUGGACCAUCCUGAGUGACAUGGGCUACAGACUUCAACCUGCCACCAGAAAAGAGUGGACUGCUGCUGUACGUCAGGCCAUCAACGCAACCAAGGAAGAGCACCCGCUGUGGCCACUGCAGUAUAUGCUGGAGGUCGAAGAUACGCCACGGAAAGGAAAACACGGGAGCGGUGCCUGUCGGGAGGAGAUGGAUACACAUAAGGGGCUGGAACUGGCCGUGGUAAAGAGCUUGGAGUUCCUUGGCAGAGAGGGAUAUCUGCCCUUGCCUGUACGUUUACCUGACUCUGCUGAGCAUGUACCGCAAGUCUUGGAGGAGAGAAAUCGCAGGCGGGGGGGAGCAUUCUUCAGGUCCAGUUUUCGACACUGGAAAGCUGUUGUCCAGCCUGCUGACGAAAGUGACAAGGACAUCUAUUAG